AUGGAGGUUGCGGCCGACCUGCGCCCCGUUCUUGGCCCCACACUUGUUCGACUCGACUCCAUGAGGAUCAAGCAGUUGCAAUCACCAACGGUCUGCAAAGCCAUCGAUGAUCUUGCGAAGCUGUCGGCCCAGUGUAUGCAGCUUCGAUCGCCACUCACCACUUGCGAAAAGUUGGUCGCAUCCGAUCACACGCUUUACCUUAGCUGGGAAUAUGACGCAGCACAAAACGUAAGCCGGUAUUCCUUGGGUGGCGCUAAAGUCGGGACAGAAAACGGGCUAUUCCGUGUACGACUCUGA